CCAUUGAUAUUUUUAAAUUAUUAUUAUUAUUAUUUGAAACUGGAUUUUGCAUGUCACUAUAAAGUUAUAUAAGCCUUGCUUGUUCAAUAUUCACUGCAAAACUUGUUUGGGUCCCUAUUAAAAGGUUCAUUUGUUCAACCUUGGCCCGUGGCUUUGUUCAGUUUUAAAUUUUGGCCCACUCUGUAUUUGACUUUGACACCCCUGCUCGAGACACAUAUCAAACAGUGGGCUUUCUAACAAUUAGGAAGGUUUGUGUUGUGUUUUUUCUCCUACAUAAACCAUGUGACAACAAAAAAUAUAUUUUCCACCCCAUUUUUUUUCCCAUUUCUAUACAUUUUUGAAAAAGCUCCAUGGAGCCACCAGGGCGCCGCAAAAGAGCCGCAUGUGGCUAUAGAGCCACGGGUUGCUGACCCCCGCCCUAUAAUCUAACACAGUGGUUCUCAACCUUUUUUCAGUGAUGUACCCCCUGUGAACAUUUUUUAAAUUUAAGUACCCCCUAAUCAGAGCAAAGCAUUUUUGGUUGAAAAAAAGAGAUAAAGUAGUAAAAUACAGCACUAUGUCAUCAGUUUCUGAUUUAUUAAAUUGUAUAACAGUGCAAAAUAUUGCUCAUUUGUAGUGGUCUUUCUUGAACUAUUUGGGAAAAAAUAUAUAAAAAUAACUAAAAACUUGUUGUAAAAAAAAACCAAGUGAUUCAAUUAUAAAUAAAGAUUUCUACACAUAGAAGUAAUCAUCAACUUAAAGUGCCCUCUUUGGGGAUUGUAAUAGAGAUCCAUCUGGAUUCAUGAACUUAAUUCUAAACAUUUAUUUUGUUGAAGUAUUAUUCAAUAAAUAUACUGUAUUUAUAAAGGAUUUUUGAAUUGUUGCUAUUUUUAGAACAUUUAAAAAAAAUCUCACGUACCCCUUGGCAUACCUUCAAGUACCCCCAGGGGUACGCGUACCCCCAUUUGAGAACCACUGCUCCAACACAUAUUUUAUCUUAUUUCAUAUAAAAAUACUCUUAGACAUCUUUUUCCGUACAAGUGAUUACCGAAUUGUAUACAAAUAAAUGUACAGUCAUAUAAUGAAUUAAAUAUUUUUUAAAUAGAUAAAAUAUGUGAUGUGUUUCCUCAUAUUUUAAAAAUUGCCUGCGUCAUACAUAACGUAACACGAUGACGUCACAGGAAAGUAUACGCCCCUUUGUGUGUGUUUGCGUCGGUGCGCGUGUCAGUAUUUGGUUUUGUGUGAAGGAGAGCGGCCACGAUCCUUCUUCCUCCACACCUGCGGAACAUUUUAACUUACCAAAAAAAAAAAAAAAAAGGAAUACCUCACCAUUUUUUUACCCACACAAUGACGGAUUUAAGGAGUUUUGUCCCUGUUGUCCUCUUGGUGUUCACUUUGGGGACAGUUUUAGCGCAAACGCCCGCACCUGUACGAGUUUGUGAGUCCAAGAACGGCACCAGCUGUGAAGAAUGUCUGGGGAAUGUGACAUGCUUGUGGUGUAUAAAAACCCGCUCGUGUUUGACUUAUCCUGUGAGGACCAUCCUGCCGCCGCAUGCCCUCUGUCCGCUCAAUGAUGCACGCUGGGGGCUUUGUUGGAUCAACUUUAGGAACUUGAUCAUCACCCUCGCAGUGCUGGGCGCUGUUCUCAUCAUUGCCUUUCUAGUGUGUCUGUUCUGUUGCUGCAAGUGUGAAAACUUUGGAGCUUCAAGGUUUGCGGCUAAGAUAGAGAGACAGGUGAACAGAACAAAAUCCAAACAGGAGGAGAGGCGGGCCGAGAUGAAGCAGAGACACCAGGAAAUCAGAAAGAAAUAUGGCUUAAGCGGAGCAAAUCCUUACUCCAAAUUUGGAUGAGACGAUUCCUAAACUGGGACUUUAAUUUAACAGAGUUUUAUUCAUGACUUUUUUGUAUCUUUGUCUUUAUAUGUUGCAAACCAAGAAGCUGUAAGAAAUUUCUGCUAAUGCCUCCUUUUCCACUGCUUGGUACCUGCUCUGCUCUGCUCUACUUGCUUUUAGGUACUAUUUGUACUACCUCGUCAGCAUGCCGAGUAGAUACCACAUGAACCCCAGUUGGAGGCUUAGUAAAAUACAACUUUUCUGUAGCGAUUCCUUUUCUUGCUGAUCCCGUAAUGAAGUGCACUGCAUCCGUCUUGGAAAACCACACCACACUAAGCACAAUAUUUACAGUGCAUCCGGAAUGUAUCCACAGCGCUUCACUUUUUCCACAUUUUGUUGUUACAGCCUUAUUCCAAAAUUGAAUACAUUCAUUUUUGUCCUCAAAAAAUUGUUUUAAUUUCCAAAUUUUCUUAAAAGUAAAAAACUAAAACAAAUCACAUGCAUUCACAGCCUUUUCACAAUUCUUUGUUGAUGCACCUAUGGCAGCAAUUACAGCCGGGUUUUCUCCAAACAUGAUGCCUGACAUACAUGCCAAAGAGUUCAAUCUUUGUCUCAUCAGACCAGAGAUGUUUGUGUCUCUUGGUCUAAGAGUCUUUCAGGUGCAUUUUGGCAAACUUUUUACUAAGAAACGACUUCUGUCCGGCCAACAUUGGUGGAUUUCUGCAGAGAUGCUUGUCCUUCUAGAACAGGCCUGGGCAAUUAUAUUGACUCUGGGGUGGCCAAAUUUAGAGAAAAAAAUGUGUCUGAAGGCGGGUAUAUCUAUUUUUAGGAACACUAAUACAAAACCUCACAAUAAUGUCUGAUUGAAUGC